GGUGGUCCUCUUCGUCUCGUCGCGUCGUAAUGAGCACGUCUGAAUCUUUAAUACCGAGAAAUUGUUCAUAUUGUCGUGUAAAGUUGUACUUAUUUGUUCGACACAAAUUAUUAUUUUUUUUUCAAUUUUGUGAAUUAAGUGAGAGUUUUUGAUACGUAAUAGGUACUUCUGUCAUCAUGAGAUCAAUUUUGAUUUUGAUUUGCGUGGUCGUAUUUAUUCAAGAUUUCACCCAAGGUCGUUUGGCUGUAAAUGAUGAUGGGAUUGUGGGCGUAAGUCAGCAGAAACUUAAAGAUUACAUGGUCAAGGCCAUUAAAGGAUUUCGUAAGAUAAUGUUGGUAGGAGAUACAGAACUUGAUUAUCCGGUGAUGGAUCCUUACGAGCUCGUAGAUGCCUCUUGGGAUCUCAGCGAUAAAUCAAUUAGUAAAAAAUACAGUCUGAAUUUUUUCAAUAAAAACACAACUAUCAUAAAAGGACUCGCUAAUUAUGAAGCCACGAAUGUGGAAGCGAGCGCAAAAGACAUGCGGGUGUCGUUCAUGCUCACUCACAGAAACAUUUCAUCCAAAAUUCCUUAUAAAUUAGAUGGCUAUUUGUUGAAGAACUUCAUGCCUGUAUUUGGUGAUGGUUUCAUCGAAUUCUCUACACCGAAUCAAGUAUUCCAAGUUGUCAUAGAUCUGGGCUUAGAACAAGGAUACGUGGUUGUUGAAAAAGUGAAAAUUGAUCGAGUCAACAAAAAUAUUGAUGUCAAGGUUACCAACCUCAUGGAUUUGCCAGAUCCGUUUGCCAGUGCAGUCUUAGAUGACAUUUUGGAUGAUUUAAUGAAGAAAAAUGGUGAUAAAGUACUGAAUGCCCAAGCUCAUAUUUUGGUCGAAGAAGCUGUGGGUGGAAUGACUCUUGACGAGCUUUUUGAAUAUUUAGAUCAUUUGGGAGAAAAAUCUGAAGAAUAGGGAACUUGGAUUGGUAUCGAGAUGAUUACAAAUUACGUAUGAAGUUGAAUUAAAAUGUAGAUAGCAAACUAAUGAACAAAAUAUUUAUAAUUACCGUAGCGUACAAAGUGUGAUGUAGCCGAUGUAAGUAGGUAUAAUUUUCUCUGCAUGAAAUAAUUAUAAAAACACUGAUAAAAAAUGAUGAUACGUUC